GGCCAAUUAAUGGGAGAGAGAGCAUCUUUCAUAGAGCCUUAUCUCCGCUAUGUGACAUCACGGAUAAGAUGGCGAAGGCUGCGGGGAGAUCGAAAAAGAAGAAUGUUCAGUUUAAUCUGGCAAUAAGUGAUGAACAAGCGCCAUUCAAUCCAAAUGAAGACCAGGUAUUUCUAGUCUUUAAAGACAAUGAAGAAAAAAAGUUUGCUCUUCAUCCUUUACUCAGUGACCAUGAAGGAAUAUAUAAACUCUCGUGUACUUUGGAGGUACCUUAUGAUAAAAUAACAAACGACAAAUAUUUGGCAUACAAUUACGAGUUGGGCAGAAAAGACGGAACCUUUGAGAAAGAGGAACGUGCAAAAGGAUGUUUAACGAGAACGUUAACAAUUCCGAAGAAAAAUAAAGAUGAUAAUUGGUGCCAACACGAUGGAUUUUUCGAACAUAAAUCUAAGAUGUUUACGACUUUGAAGAACUGGUGGAAUGACCCGGUUUUUCAACACAUAGAGACAUACAUGUGGUUAUUCUUUCCAGAUCUGAAAUACAAAGAAAAGAAUGGGGUCUCAAAUUUCUUAAGUCAACUUAUAAUGUUGAUAAACGGAUUGAAAAAAGUAUAUUUUACUGAAGGUCGUUAUUGGAAAGAAGAGGAAGAAUGCAAAAGAUUUGUUAGCAAACAGUGUGUAGACAUUAUAUCAAACAUACCCGAAGAAAAAAGGGACAUAGAGUAUACCACAGUUAUUUCAUUCAGUAUGCUUCUCGCAUUAUUUCACACAACAUUCGAUGUUUUCAAUGAUACUGAACGGGAGAGAUUGUCUGAUUAUUUAAAGACAACCGCAGAUUUGGAAAGCCAAGUAUGCCCUGAGUUUGAAGUGUUCAAUCAAUAUUUCAACAAAGAAAAACUAGGUAUAUUUAAGGGCGCAAUUAUAAAACUUGCACGCGGGACUUUGCAGUCUACCCAAUACCGUUCGUAUUUGACCUUGAUGCCUUGGAUACAUUUUCUAUCUGGCGAGUGUAAACCAUUCGAGAAAAUCCCUUUUGAUAUGAGCCACGAUCACAGUGAACCCAAUUGGUGGGGUGUAACCCCUGUGAAGGACUUCUUAGAUGCAUCAAAAAACAAAAAGUGGGACAUGUCACAUUUUGAAGAUAAAGAGAAAAUGUCAGCACUUUUUAAAAUGGAUUUCCUUUUGCCGCGAAGCAUUUUAGCUGCAACAGGUUUGAAAGAUCUAAUGGGAAUGAUUCAAACACGAUUGUUUCCUGUUGAGGUAUGCCUUGCAAACAUUAUCUUUCACACCAAAAACUAUGAGCCUCACACAUUUUGGGACAAAAAGAAAGAUGAUCUAUUACAGGAGUGCAUGAACUGCUUGUUGCAAAAUAUAGACAAAAUCUGCUCAAAAAGUGUUUGCUUGGAAGUGGAAACAGAAUUGAGCUAUAAAAUGGCAAUUCAACUCGUAAUGGAAUGUUUAAAAACAUAUUCUUACGAAGAAAAGGCAAUGUUAAGUAGUGUACAAAUAUUCCUUACCUGCGUUGUCCAGUUUGAAAAAUGUACUUCCGAUAGGACAUUAUCCGAAAGCAAGAGGCAUAAAGUUGCAGAUGAUGUCAAAAAGAUUUGCUCAAAAGUAAUAGACUGGAUGAAAAGAUUGAGUUCCAGAUCCCAAUCUGACAAGGAAAAUUAUCUUAAGGUUUGGAAAUCGCUUCAUGAACAAGACACAGAGUCAGAUAUAUUACAAGCCUCCUGGAAUAAAGAAUUGUCAGUUCAGCUGGCAAAAACAUUUGGAACCUAUGUAUGUAUGAAUUUUCGCAUUUUAUUUUCUAGCAUAAAAAUUAUAAAAUACAGACUGAAGUGAGGUUGGCCAUAGGUAACAUUAA